AGACAAGUUUGAAGGGGAGGGCAGGCAGAGUCAGCAGCCCUCGAGGCGCUCCUCUCCCACCGCCCAUCCCUUUCCUCUCUUCUUCCCCAGCUUCUCUCUCAGCCUUUCACUCUUCCCCGAAAAACCCUUAUUUAGCCAAAGGAAGGAGGUAAGGGGGAACCCUCUCCCCUACCCCCUUCAAAAACUCCCCAACUUUUCCAGUCCGGAGAUCGCAGGGGAGCGAGUGGGCACCCAGCUGGCCAUGGAGCUGCUGUGCUGCGAGGUGGACCCGGUCCGCAGGGCCGUGCCGGACGCCAACCUGCUCCACGACGACCGCGUGUUGCAGAACUUGCUGACCAUCGAGGAGCGCUACCUUCCCCAGUGCUCCUACUUCAAGUGCGUGCAGAAGGAUAUCCAGCCCUACAUGCGCAGGAUGGUGGCCACCUGGAUGCUGGAGGUCUGUGAGGAGCAGAAGUGUGAAGAAGAGGUCUUCCCUCUGGCCAUCAAUUACCUGGACCGCUUCUUGGCCGGAGUCCCAACUCCGAAGACCCAUCUGCAGCUUCUGGGGGCCGUGUGCAUGUUCCUGGCGUCCAAGCUCAAAGAGACCAUUCCGCUGACGGCUGAGAAGUUGUGCAUUUACACCGACAACUCCAUCAAGCCUCAGGAGCUGCUGGAGUGGGAGCUGGUGGUGCUGGGCAAGUUGAAGUGGAACCUGGCGGCUGUCACCCCCCACGACUUCAUCGAGCACAUUCUUCGCAAGCUGCCUCAGCCCAAUGAGAAGCUGUCUCUGAUUCGCAAGCACGCGCAGACUUUCAUCGCUCUGUGCGCCACUGACUUCAAGUUCGCCAUGUACCCGCCGUCGAUGAUUGCAACUGGAAGUGUGGGGGCCGCCAUCUGCGGGCUCCAGCAGGACGAGGACGUGAGCUCGCUCACGGGUGACGCCCUGGUGGACCUGCUGGCCAGGAUCACCAACACCGACGUGGAUUGCCUCAAAGCCUGCCAGGAGCAGAUUGAGGUCGUGCUGCUCAACAGCCUGCAGCAGUACCGUCAGGACCAGGACGGAUCCAAGUCGGAGGACGAGCUGGACCAAGCCAGCACCCCUACAGACGUGCGGGAUAUUGACCUGUGAGGAUGCCGGGUGGCCCCGACGGGUCCAAUCGGCUCUCUCCUUCCUUCUCUCUGGUUGUGUUUUGUUCUCUUAUGUUUUAGAAUGAAACUUUAAAACAAACAAAAAAACACACAC